GCGAGGUACUCGCCCCAUAUCUGCCAUGCAGAACGAGAGAGCUUUAUGAAGGAAUCCGUCUUGUAAAGCCAUUGGUCCUGGUCAUCAGCCUCUACCCAAUGCUUUCGUGAUGCUGCCGCUGAUCUAUUUGGGAAGUUGGCUGGCUGGCGAGGCAGAGCCUCUCCUCAAAGCCUGGCUCCCACGGAAAAUAUGCUCAGUGCAGCCGCGUGCAUGAAUGAAAACGCCGCCGGGCGCUUCUAGUCGGGCAAAAUGCAGCCGAGAACUCCGCUCCUCCUGUGCGUUCUCCUGUCCCAGGUGCUGCUGCUAACAUCUGCAGAAGAUUUGGACUGCACUCCUGGAUUUCAGCAGAAAGUGUUCCAUAUCAACCAGCCAGCUGAAUUCAUCGAGGACCAGUCGAUUCUAAACUUGACCUUCAGUGACUGUAAGGGAAACAACAAGCUACACUAUGAGGUCUCAAGCCCAUACUUCAAGGUGAACAACAACGGUGGGCUCGUUGCCCUGAGAAACAUAACUGCAGUGGGCAAGACCUUGUUCAUCCAUGCCCGGACUCCCCACGCAGAAGACAUGGCAGAACUUGUGAUUGUCGGGGGAAAAGACAUCCAGGGCUCCUUGCAGGAUAUAUUUAAAUUCGCCAGAACUUCUCCAGUCCCAAGACAAAAGAGGUCCAUUGUGGUAUCUCCCAUUUUAAUUCCAGAGAAUCAGAGACAACCUUUCCCAAGAGAUGUUGGCAAGGUAGUGGACAGUGACAGACCAGAAGGGUCCAAGUUCCGGCUCACUGGGAAGGGAGUGGAUCAAGAGCCUAAAGGCAUUUUCAGAAUCAAUGAGAACACGGGCAGCGUCUCCGUGACACGGGCCUUGGACAGAGAAACCAUCGCUACUUAUCAACUAUUUGUGGAGACUACUGAUGGCAAUGGCAGAACUCUCGAGGGGCCAGUCCCUCUGGAAGUCAUUGUGAUUGAUCAGAAUGACAACAGACCGAUCUUUCGAGAAGGCCCCUACAUCGGCCAUGUCAUGGAAGGAUCACCCACAGGCACCACAGUGAUGCGGGUGACAGCCUUCGACGCAGAUGACCCGGCCACAGAUAAUGCCCUUCUGCGAUAUAACAUCCGCCAGCAGACGCCUGACAAACCGUCUCCCAACAUGUUCUACAUCGACCCUGAGAAAGGAGACAUCGUGACCGUUGUGUCCCCCGCACUGCUGGACCGGGAGACCCUGGAAAAUCCCAAGUAUGAGUUGAUUAUCGAAGCUCAAGAUAUGACUGGAAUGGAUGUUGGAUUAACAGGCACAGCCACAGCGACAAUCAUGAUCGAUGACAAAAAUGAUCACUCACCAAAAUUCACCAAAAAAGAGUUUCAAGCCACCGUGGAGGAAGGAGCCGUGGGGGUCAUUGUCAACUUGACAGUAGAAGACAAGGACGACCCCACCACCGGCGCAUGGAGGGCGGCCUACACCAUCAUCAACGGAAACCCAGGGCAGAGCUUUGAGAUCCACACCAACCCUCAGACCAAUGAGGGGAUGCUCUCCGUCGUCAAACCCCUGGACUAUGAGAUUUCUGCCUUCCACACCCUGCUGAUCAAAGUGGAAAACGAGGACCCGCUCGUCCCUGACGUCUCCUACGGCCCCAGCUCCACGGCCACCGUCCACAUCACUGUCCUGGAUGUCAACGAGGGUCCACUUUUCUACCCGGACCCCAUGAUGGUGACCCGGCAGGAGAAUAUCUCCGUGGGCAGCGUGCUGCUGACGGCGAACGCCACGGACCCGGAUUCCCUGCAGCACCAAACCAUCAGGUAUUCUGUCUACAAGGACCCAGCAGGCUGGUUGAACAUCAACCCCAUCAAUGGCACCGUGGACACCACUGCGGUGCUGGACCGGGAGUCCCCAUUUGUCCACAACAGCGUGUACACGGCCCUCUUCCUGGCAAUCGACAGUGGCAACCCGCCCGCCACUGGCACUGGCACGCUGCUCAUCACCCUAGAGGACGUCAACGACAAUGCCCCGGUCAUCUACCCCACGACGGCUGAAGUCUGCGACGACGCCAAGAACCUCAGCGUGGUCAUCUUGGGAGCCUCAGACAAGGACCUCCACCCUAACACAGAUCCUUUCAAAUUUGAAAUCCACAAACAAAACGCAGCAGAUAAAGUCUGGAAGAUCUCCAAGAUCAACAACACGCACGCCCUGGUAAGCCUUCUUCAAAAUCUGAACAAAGCCAACUACCAGCUGCCCAUCAUGGUGACAGAUUCAGGGAAGCCACCCAUGACGAACAUCACAGACCUCAGGGUACAAGUGUGCUCCUGCAAGAACUCCAAAGUGGACUGCAACGCAGCAGGGGCCCUGCACAUCAGCUUCACUGUGGUCCUGCUGGUCUCACUCUUCAGUCUAGCCUGUCUGUGAGAACUCCUGACAUCUGAGGCUUGACUACCAAGUUUCCAUAGCAACAGGAAAAAAAUCCAAAUCUGAAGAUUGCCGUUUACAGCUCUCCAACUUCACAACUAGGCCUCAAUGGUUCCCGAUUUUCAUUUUCUUUGCGAUUUCACUUAGUCUGUACUUCGCCAUUUUGACAGCCUCUUCCUUUCUCCUUUAAUCAAUGGGAUCCUCUGAAUUUCCCCUGAAUGUUUAAAGAUCACAGCUUAUAACUUGACCUUCUGGGUGCAGGAACAAUGACGGCGUCUUCUGAUGUAUUGCCACGUUGCUAGUCAGCACCUCGCCCUUACAUGUGUCUGUGGGUUAGUAUUUGUAUAUGUGUGAGUAUCUGUAUGUGUAUAUACACAGUAUUUAUAGAGAGAGAUACAGGAUAAGCCUACUUUUGAUAUGUCUCAUUCUCCCCUGAGAGGUUAAACAAAGAAAGGAUAGAAGCUGGGGCCACUCGCCACCCACUGGCCUGAGGGCACCUGCAUGGGCCACAGAGCUGACCUUCUCCACCAGCCCGUCCAGCCCGGACGCUGCCCAGACCAGCCAGCCAGGUCCACAGAAAGAGACAUCCUUUCUCGUUAGCAGGACUGCAGCCAGUUCUCACUGCCAUCGUGUGUCGGGAUCUGAGCAAAAGCUAUAAGCAGCAGAGCAGGAAAUUUUGCCAUCAAACAUUGAGAACAGGCCUGGAAGCUUCUUUCGGGGGCAUCUAUCUGCAUCCAUGUGUGUCCCAACCCACAGCCCCACUGGCUCCUAUGGGUACUCACAUCGCAGUAGAAAAUCUCUCCCUCCUCGAUACACGUCCCGUCGCACGUGUCAUCCUGGGGGUCACACAUGCAUACGAAGAGGUCAGCAGGUACCACGCGUAUACACAUACCUGCCCACAUGUAUAGACAUACCUUUAUGCACAUACACUCUGUUUGUUUCAUAUAUACAUGCAUAAACUAGAGUAAAUACAGGUAGUUUUAAAAGUACCCUUUUGUGUGAAUCGACUACCGUUGUUUGCAAACCUGAAAAUAAAAGAUGUUCAUUAUGUAUGAAAA